ACAAAUCAAAUGCAAAUGCAAAUCAGAAUUUAAUUUCAAAUUUCUGAUACAAUUGUUUUGAUUCCUGAAAAUUACCCCGUAUCUUCAUAUUCAUCUCUCUUUUACCAGAGUUGUUUCUCUAUCUAAAUCUUCAUUCGAACGAUUCAUCAAAGAUGAGCUCUGGGGGCACAAAUGGAGCCUCUCAAGCUUCCAAAAAGAAUUCCAAGAAACCCAAAUAUUCCAGGUUUACACAGCAAGAUCUUCCUGCUUGCAAACCAAUUUUAACCCCAGGAUGGGUCAUUACAGCAUUCCUCUCCAUUGGCUUAGUCUUCAUUCCGAUUGGCCUUGCAUCCUUGUUUGCAUCGGAGCAUGUGGUGGAAAUUGUAGACCGUUAUGACGAGGAUUGUAUUCCUUCAAAUUCUGCAUCCGAGAGGCUUACAUAUAUUCAAAGUACUGAGACUAACAAAACCUGUAUCAGGAAUUUAAUUGUUCCAAAGAAAAUGAAACAGCCCAUUUAUGUAUAUUAUCAGCUCGACAAUUUCUACCAGAAUCAUCGUCGAUAUGUCAAAAGUAGAAGCGACUUGCAAUUGCGCAGCAAAGAAUAUGAACGUGACACAAAGACUUGCGAACCUGAACGCGCACAUGAAAAUGAACCAAUUGUUCCUUGUGGUCUUGUUGCUUGGAGUUUGUUUAAUGACACGUAUGGGUUUUCACUGAACAACAAAAUUCUACAAGUCAAUAAAAAAGACAUAGCCUGGAAAAGUGACAAAGAACAUAAAUUUGGGUCUGAGGUAUAUCCUAAGAAUUUUCAGAAAGGACCUCUGAUUGGGGGCGGAAAACUAAAUGAGAGCCAACCGUUAAGUGAGCAAGAGGAUCUCAUUGUUUGGAUGCGAACUGCGGCAUUACCAACAUUUAGAAAGUUGUAUGGGAAGAUAGAGGACGACCUUGAAGCCAAUGAGAAGAUAACAGUUGUAAUACAGAACAAUUACAACACGUAUAGUUUUGGGGGCAACAAGAAUCUGGUUCUUUCAACCACAAGUUGGAUUGGUGGAAAAAAUGAUUUCCUAGGCAAAGCAUACAUUGCAGUUGGCGGAUUUUGCUUAUUUAUUGUAAUAGGCUUCAUACUUAUGUACGUCAUUAAGCCAAGGCCUUUGGGAGAUCCAGCCUUCUUGUCGUGGAACCAAAAUCCUGAUGGGCAUUUGAACUAGUGAGUCUCCAGUAUGUUCAUUCUAAUUGCCAGUAUGUUGACACACCAUCAUGCCCUGCUGAGUUUCUCCCUGAAAUCUUCCUCCACCACAAAGCCUUUAUCUGGCUUGGCUGUUAAUCCUUUAUGCUCGACGAUUUUCAAUUUGCAUGAAUUUAGUUCUGCUGUUAUUGGGUGGUUCCAGUUUUGAGUUGCUAGCACUGCAUUGAUUUGCUGCUAGACAAGUUUUAGUACAUUUAUGUUUUCGUACACUUUUAUAUUGUAAUUUGUAAAAAAGAGAGAGAAAACCGAAUUGUUUUAAAUUAUUUGAUCAUCAGUUGUCCAUAAUACACUUCUG